AGGGGACCGGCGCGAGUUUUCCACCGGGGCUGGUGGAAUGCCGAGCGGUCUGCGGUCGACACACUCGGGAGGACGGAGCCGCCCCGCAAGGGACGAAUGCUGCGAGUAGCGCUAGGCCCCCGCCGCGGUGGGGAGGCGUUGGCAGCGUGCCUUGGCCGGCGCCGUGUCGUGUCCUUUAGCCCGGCGGUGCUGUGGCCGGUCCACGGCCUCUGCCGUUGGGAAGGGUACAGGGUUUCAGUGCUCCCGUGUGCAGUAAAACUUGUGGAAGCAGCGGAUUCGCCUUCACGGCUGUGCUGCAGGUUCCUCUACUGAGCGUGGGUGCCCACCCGGAUUUCCUCCCAAGCAGCACCUUGGGGAGGGUCAGGAAGUGAGCACGAACCGGGCUCCGCCCUAGCGAGCGAGCCUGCAGUGGAAGUACAAAACCUGUUAACCUGUUACACUCGGCAGAAUUUCAGAAAACAAAAAAACAACCAACCAAAAAAAAAAAAACCAAAAACAAAAAAAAGCGAUGUCCGCAACGUCUUGUCCGAUAAGAUCGGUGCCCUGCGGGCUCUGCUGCCGCCCUCCAGGUGCCGUGGUGGGGUGGGAGCACAGAGGCUGCCGCGGCGUGCCUGGCUCCCAUGGUGACACCGGCAGCGGCACUUCCUGCUGCACCCGGAGGAGGCGGGCCCGGCGGCCCGGGUGGUAGGUGUGUGUGGGGCUGUAGGUGUGUGCGUCGGGCGGUAGGUGUGUGUGUCGGGCCGUGGGUGUGUGUAUCCAGUGGUGGGUCCGGGGCUGCGCGCCGCCGCGGGCGGGCUGAGCGCCCUCCCGUCCCGUCCGGUCCGGCCCGGCACCUCCGUGUUCCGCCCUUCCCGUUGCGGCUCGGGUCCGGCCCGGGCCUGUGUGUGCCUCGGGGUCCGGCGGGGCUGAGGCGGCGGAGGCGGAGUCGCGUCCCGCCGGGGUGCGGCCUUCUGCCCGGUACCUCGGCUGAGGCGCAGGGCCUGGGGGCUGCGAAGGGCUGCGCGCCGCGGUCCUCCCCGCUCCCUCAUGUUUUCAGUAGCGGGCGGGCGAGCGAGGGAAUAAAGGAGAGAGCCCCACAUUCCGCUCCCUGCCACAAUGCACUUUCGUUUUCCUUGUGUGGGAAAGCGUGGGCAGGGAGGUUUGAAAAUCGUGCUCAGCAUCUCUGUUAUUGCUGCGUGUGACUGCUGGUAGCGUUCAUGUGCAUAGCUGGAUCAAAGCCCUGGUCCGGCAUCGCGUUCCCCGCUGCAGUUCCCCACAGAGGCAGAUAAAAAUUGUGAAAAAACAAGUAAAAAGUUUGUCUUCCAAAGCCCGAUAUACCUUUUCUGGGACAAAGUGUACGGCACAGCAGGUCUGGAGUAAAAAAUCUCAGGUACUACGAGCCUGCCUCCUGCUGAACGUUUGAAGUCUGACUGUGGUACUUGAGGGGCACUAGGCAGUCUCCCUCACCAGCCUGGCUCCCUGCUGUAUCUGGAGUGAAAAGCAUCUCUUGUCCCUUCUCAGCCGUGUUCCCCGGCCUGCAAGAGUGCAUUUGUAAUCUGCUAAUGUUGCUGAAUAAGGCUUUGAAAUUCCUACCCACGAAACUUUGCCUUUGUCUGGUCUCAAAAUUUCUUGCCAGCAGAUUUUAAAAACUAAAGGAAGAUGUCCUUUUUCCCUAAAAUCGUUUUCCAGUAUGAAGUUGAAGAGUAUCUCACGAAAGUGUUCAGAAAUAAUGAGCUUAUCACUGCUUUAGGUACACAGGAGGCAGAGAAAAAAUACCAAUCUCUCUUAAGUCAUCUAUCUCAUCCACCAGCUUUUACAACUGUGAGAGUAAAUACCCACUUGGCCUCAGUGAAACAUGUGAAAAAAUUGCUGUUUGAAGAGAUCCAGAAGCAAUUUAAAGGACUAUGUGUUCCAGUUCUCGAGCACCCAAAACUUCAGGACGUUUUACUAAUUCCUGUCAUUGGACCCAGGCGAGAUUUAAAAAAACAUCCAUGUGAAGUCAUAGUUGGAGCCCAGUGUGGAUAUGCAGUACUCCGAGGAGCACAUGUUUAUGUCCCUGGAAUUGUAUCCACCUCAAGAUUUGUGAAAGCUGGAGAUCUGGUUUCAGUGUAUUCAGAUAUUGAAGGGAAAUGCAAAAGAGGAGCCAAAGAAUUCAAUGGAGUUAAAGUUUUCCUUGGAAAUGGAAUUUCAGAACUCAGCCGCAGUGAAAUCUUCAGUUCAAGUGGCCAACUGAAGGGGCUGGGCAUAAGAAUGAUAGAGCCAGUCUACCUUAGUCCUUCAUUUGACAAUGUGCUCCCUAGUCAUUUGUUUUUACAGAAUUUACCUUCUGUGGUUGUGAGCCAUAUUUUAAACCCUCAACCAGGAGAGAAAAUUUUGGAUAUGUGUGCUGCACCUGGAGGAAAAACAACCCAUCUUGCAGCACUAAUGCAUGAUCAGGGUGAAGUUAUAGCCAUGGACAAGAUAGCUAACAAGAUCAAGAAAAUCAAGCAGAAUGCUGAAUUGCUACAGUUAAAUUGCAUUAAAGUCUUUUGCUAUGAUGGAACAAAGGCCCUUUCAGAAGAGAAGAGAGAGGAUAAACAAGAUGGACCUCCAUUCUUACCAGAGUCAUUUGAUCGAAUUCUUCUUGAUGCUCCAUGUAGUGGGAUGGGACAGAGACCAAACAUGGUUUAUUCCUCAACUUUAAAGGAAGUGACCUCAUACCAGCCACUACAGCGCAAGCUUUUCACUGUGGCAGUGAAAUUGCUGAAGCCAGGAGGUGUUUUAGUAUAUAGUACAUGUACAAUUACACUUUCUGAAAAUGAGGAGCAAGUUGCUUGGGCCUUGAAAACUUUUCCAUGUCUCCAGCUUCAUCCACAGGAACCUCACAUUGGGGGAGAAGGCAUGAAGGGAGCUGGACUAUCACUUGAUCAGUUGAAGCUGCUCCAGAGAUUUGAUCCAUCUGCUGUGACAUUGCAAGGAAUGGAUAUCAAUUCUUUGCAAGAUUCUAGAGAAGAUGACCUGAUUUCUUUGGCAAAUAAAGACUGUAUAGGAUUUUUCAUUGCAAAAUUUAUUAAAUUGAACAGUAAAUAAGGAUUUGGGAAUGCAACCUGAAAAAAUACCUCAGCGAGUCUAAGAACAGUUCAGACGUGAAGUGCCUUUCUUCCUGCUGCAAUGUUACCAAGCCAACGGGCUGACGGCAGGGUUGCUAUGGCAGCACUAAAAUCUGCCAGCUGUUCUGAUGGGAAAGAGCCACAGGUUGCAGCAGAAAAGUCAUGGCUGGGGGAAGGGCAGUAUCAUUUGUAAGUCUCCCUCUGCUUUUGUAUUUACAGCAGGUCAGUGCCUGAGUGACAGCUAUGUUCACUGAUACUGCUGCCUGCUCUGGUGCAUACCCUCAUCUGGUGCAGCAAGCGUAGGAGGGGGAUGUAAGUUACUUUACAAAAUGCAAACAUAAAAAAAUAUAUGGGAACUAUUACAAUGACUUUUGGAAAGGGUAGUUUCUAUGGAGGUUUACCAGUAGUUAGUUUCCUUAAAUAGUGCUUCUCAAAACACUGCAACAUUUUACAAAGAACUGUUUUAUAAAUUGAUACUUAGAACCUCAUUUCUCUUUUAUUUUAAUACAAGCAAGAUUCUCUGUACACAUAGUAUAUACACAAAAUACGAUUAGGCUUUGUAGCAUGUCUUUUAUAGCAGCAUGAAUAUAUUAAACCAUCUCACUCUGGGAAUGUAAAUAAAUAUUGUUUCAACAUCAAACUUCCCAUGCAUAAACUGUAUUGGUUCUGAAAUAGCCUAUUGGACUGGCUGACAAGUGACAGUUUUAAAAUCAAACAAUUGUAACAGAAGGGGCUACAGUUAUGAUUAAUAUAUCAAAAGACAGAAAACAAUGCGUAAUACCAUCUGAAAUGUUGCAAAUCACCUUUCGAACAACUAAGGAUAUUAACUCUUUAUUGGUCAGAAAGCAUCACCAGCUAAAAUCAUGAAAAUUGAAACUGGGGAAGCAUGCUAAUGAAAACUGCCUUACUACAUUGCUCAAAGUUUAAAUAAUCUGAAUUUCUUAAAAGAUGUUAUAUGUAUUUGAAAAUUCUGCUUCAGUUCCAGUUUGAACAGUAUUCUCAGUCUGCUGGAACUGACAAUAGCACUAGAGAAGGAAAGCUAAGGACAAGGAAAAACAGACACUGACAUCUGUGUGUGUUUGGUGUUUUCCUCUCACUCGAUCAAUUUCCAGUUUUAAAAAGCAUUAUCUGAAAAAGUCUGUCUUUUCACACAUAAUUAUUUGGUUGGAUUAAAAAGAGCAAUAGUUCUUUUAUCAUUUGUCUUUCUACUGUAAGAAGUGUGUUUUGUAUUUGCUCACAAUCAAAACCAUCUAUAAAUUCUCUUUCUUGGUAGUCUGGUUGUUUACUUAUAUUUUCCAUAAAUGUUUUGAUACACUAUGUUUUCUACUGCUCUUGAAUAAAAACAAAAUGUUUAUUCUGACCUGC